AGCUGGGUCACUGACGAAGGGAGAGCAAGAAUGGCAGAGUCCAGCACCCUGCCCACUGGCUUCGGGGAGCUCGAGGUGCUGGCUGUGGGGAUGGUGCUGCUGGUGGAAGCUCUCUCCGGUCUCAGCCUCAAUAGCCUGACCAUCUUCUCUUUCUGCAAGACCCCGGAGCUGCGGACUCCCUGCCACCUGCUGGUGCUGAGCUUGGCUCUUGCCGACAGUGGGAUCAGCCUGAAUGCCCUCGUUGCAGCCACAUCCAGCCUCCUCCGUGUCUCCCACAGGCGCUGGCCCUACGGCUCGGACGGCUGCCAGGUUCACGGCUUCCAGGGCUUUGUGACAGCGUUGGCCAGCAUCUGCGGCAGUGCAGCCAUCGCCUGGGGGCGCUAUCACCACUACUGCACCCGCAGCCAACUGGCAUGGAACUCGGCCGUCUCUCUGGUGCUCUUCGUGUGGCUGUCUUCUACCUUCUGGGCAGCGUUGCCUCUCCUGGGUUGGGGCCACUAUGACUAUGAGCCACUGGGGACAUGCUGCACCCUGGACUACUCCAAGGGGGACAGAAACUUCAGCAGCUUCCUUUUCACCAUGUCCUUCUUCAACUUUGCCAUGCCCCUCUUCAUCACGAUCACAUCCUACCGGCUCAUGGAGCAGAAACUGGGGAAAAGUGGCCAUCUCCAGGUGAACACCACUCUGCCAGCCAGGACACUGCUGCUCGGCUGGGGCCCCUAUGCCAUCCUGUAUCUAUAUGCAGUCAUCGCAGACGUGACUUCCAUCUCCCCCAAACUGCAGAUGGUGCCCGCCCUCAUUGCCAAAAUGGUGCCCACGAUCAAUGCCAUCAAUUAUGCCCUGGGCAAUGAGAUGGUCUGCAGGGGAAUCUGGCAGUGCCUCUCACCACAGAAGAGCGAGAAGGACCGAGCCAAAUGAGGCUCCCACCCUGGACUGAGCCCCAGGCCAGGAGGCUGCCCCAGGAGUCCUGCCCAGCAGCCUCAGCGGCCAAGCCCGGACACUCUCCCACCAUCCUCAGUGGCCCCCUGGAGCCUGGCCCCAGGCUGGACACAAGGAUUCGAAAAGACACCAGGCUGCACGGAAAGAGAUGGACCUGAGUGUCAGUCGUAGCCCUCUACACUCAAGGCGGAGAGGCCUCAGGAAAGUCACUCCUUUUUAAAAUAAUAAUAAACUUAAGGGAGUACAGGGCAGUUUUGUUACAUGGAUAGAUUGCCUACUGGUGAGGUCUGGGCUUUUAGUGUAACCAUCACCCUAAUAAUACACAUUGUACCCAUUCAGUCAUUUCUCAUCCUUCACCCCCUCCCACCUUGUCACCCUUCUGAACCUCCAAUAUCCACUAACUCCAUGUCCAUGUGUGCACAUUAUUAAGCUCCCACUUACAAGUGAGAACAUGUGGUAUUUGACUUUC